AUGUCAACCGCUCUCGAGUGUCUCCGCGUGCUACGUACACCUUUUCGAGAGGAGAUUACCACCGGACGCAUCUUAUAUGGAGUGCUCCUAGCCUCAAUCACCGCUAGCUCCACUUUUAUGAAUAUCAUUCUUAUGCUUAUCGCCCUCUUUACUGACACUUUGAAUACGUCAUUACGUCUCUACCUGCUCAGUGCAACUUUUGGAGGACUCGUGGUAGUGGUCCCAAUACUCUCUGGGUUAAUACCGGCUAUACUCUUUCGAGUACAAUUAAAAGAUCCAGUCAAUAUAAUCAUAACUACGGGUGAUACUUUAUCAUAUCUCAUUUUGAUGUUAACUACCACUGCUAUAGCAUGGGAUCGAUUCAUAUUCUUUCUCUUGCCAAAGGUGCACAAAUUCAUCAACCCCUAUUUUGCUGCAUUUCCAUGCAGUGCAGCAUUCCUUGUUACUAUUCAUAUGUUUACUAUCGGAUGUUACAAAAGAACUGAUCCCUUUGCUCUUGCUUUUACGUACUCAUGCAGGAGAUAUGCUCCAAGAACGCUACGUAUUGAUUCAGAUGUCCUAGAUAUGGAGAUCCUUGCAGCCUCCUUUUAG